CACUCGCAUUCUGACAAUGGGCGGCAGCGCUAGUAAGAGCUCCGAGAUAUUCAGCGGCAAGCGCCAGGGCUCGUCCAAUGAUAGCGACGCUGCCUCCAUCAAGGAUGAGGUGCUGGGUAUGGUCCUGGACGGUCUCAUGCUCUACACAAUGUAUCAGACGUCCAAGUACCUGUACAAGCAACUGAAACCCAUGAUGGACGACUGGAGCAACGGACAAGAUAGUCAGGCAAAGCUGCAGAGCCGCCUGAAGCGCACAGGCCGUCGCGUGUUCAACACUAAUUACUUUGAGAAUGUCAUCGCUGGCGACAUUGUGGACCCGCAGGACAUCGACGUGUCAUUCGAGGACAUCGGCGGCCUGGAGCGACAGAAGCGUGACAUUCAUGAUCUGGUGGUACUCCCGCUUAAGAGCCCUGAGUUCUUUGCUUCUCGCGGGAAGUUGCUCACUGCCCCCAAGGGCAUUUUGCUCUAUGGUAAGCCAGGAACGGGCAAGACCAUGCUGGCCAAGGCCAUCGCCAAGGAAUCCGGUGCCUUCUUCAUUGACCUGAAGAUCAGUACGAUAAUGAGCAAGUGGUUCGGCGAGUCGCAGAAGCUCGUGCGGGCAGCUUUCUCGCUGGCUCGGAAACUGGCACCUUGCAUCAUUUUCAUCGAUGAAGUCGACUCGUUCAUGGGCAAGCGAGGCGGCGUGUCGGACCCGACAUUUUCAUCUAUGAAAACGGAAUUCCUGGCGCUUUGGGACGGUUUCACUGAAAUGAACACCGAAAAUGACGGAGGCUUCGGUGUCAUUAUUAUGGGUGCGACCAAUCGUCCGGGUGAUGUGGAUCCUGCUUUCCUUCGCCGAAUGCCGCGCACGUUUGAGAUUGGACUGCCGAACAGACCGCAGCGUGAGAAGAUUCUCCGACUCCAGCUUAAGACGGAGGGGGUAGACAACAAUUUUGAUUUCGUAAAGCUCGCCAACGACACGAUGUACUAUAGUGGCAGUGAUUUGAAGGAGUUGUGUCGAGCUGCUCUGAUGAUUCCGCUUCGGGAGCAUAUCGACAAUUGCCGCGCAGCAGCAGAGGAAGCUGCAAAGAACCGGACAGUUGAGGACGAGAAGCCCCAGAUUUACAAUGAGGCUUCCCAGCCUGAGGUUCCUACAAUGCGCCCUCUAUCAAUGGCUGAUUUUGACGAAGCUAGAACCAUGGUACAGCCUACAGGAGCGACAGCGUAUGCGUACGAGAACUUUCAGGAAGAGCACAAGCCCACUCCGCCAGUGUCCGGCGGUCCUGGGAUGUCUAUCGAUAUGGAAAUGUUCGCGGCGAUUAUGGCCACAGGGCUGCAAAACUUGAUGCAGCAUAGCCGCAGUGUCACAUCAACGUUCGAGUAG